AUGGCCGACCGGGGAGAGACGGACAGGACCGGCGGCAGAGCCCCGCCCCCUCCCAUCAUAGCCACGCCCACCCGGCAGAGCCACGCCCCUCGGAUCAGAGCCGCGCCUGCCCGGCAGAGCCACGCCCCUCAGAGCCUUGCCCCUAUCGUCACAGCCCCGUCCGCAGCAGAGCACAGCCUUGGCGCGGCCCCGCCCACUCGGCAGGCCCCGCCCACAGAGCGCUCAGCCCCGCCCGCGCUGCCGGGCGCUGAGCGCGGGCUGUAUCCCCCCCCCCCGGGGCCGGGCCGCUGUCUAACGGGCGCUCUCUCCGCAGGAGCCGCUGUGGCGCUGGUGGAGCGCGGCGCCGGCCGGGGCGCGGACCCGGGCGAGCUCGUGGCUCUGGCGCAGCAGGUGCAGCAGGCAGAUGAAUUCAUCCGAGCUAAUGCCUGCAACAGAUUGACUGUCAUAGCUGAGCAAAUCCGGUAUCUGCAGGAGCAGGCCCGGAAGGUCUUGGACGAAGCUAACAGAGAUGCUGAUCUUCAUCAUGUAGCCUGCAAUAUUGUGAAGAAACCAGGAAACAUCUACUACCUGUACAGGCGGGAAAGUGGCCAGAGAUACUUUUCCAUCCUUUCUCCUAAGGAAUGGGGGACCAGUUGCCCACAUGAGUUCCUUGGUGCCUAUAAGCUUCAGCACGACAUGUCCUGGACUUCAUCCGAGAACAUUGAGAAACGAGAUGCUGAAAUUAGCAUCCUUGACAAGCUGCUGAGCCAGCAGGCAGUGUUGCCUCAGUGUACGGAGCCCAACUUCCAAGGCCUCACCAAAUGAAGCAGGCCGGCAAGAACAGCUCCGGCAUUCUGAACAGCUUCUAGAAAAGGAUGGAUUUUCCUUACCUGACUACUGCAAAAGGAGUUCUAAGAAUAGAGACCAAGAAAUGAAAACAGACUUCAGCAGCUCAGUUCAGCUACCCCUAGUUCCAGAUUUUCAUUUAAAACUCUAACACAAACCAUUUCUGCCUUGCCCCACAGCAUCUGACAACUUGUAGUUUGGUUAAUUACUCUACCAGCUCUAAGAACAGACAUCUCUCAA